AUGGUUUUGGCCAUGGCGUCUCAGGAUGCUCAGAACUUCUUCCAGCCUCUCUCUUCCUGGAUAUCUCGGGUUUAUGAAGCUCUCCAGCAAGCAGGAGAUACGCUAUCUGCUUCGCUGGUUAACUUAAGCAAACAAGACUCUAAAUUGAGUGAAAAGCUAGACCAGGACUUAGAUGAUACUCAGAUUCAGGAAACUUACUUUGAAGAUGAAGAACAAGGCAAUGAUUGGCGUCAAGAGGAUGCAAAUCCCUUGUUUCUUGAAGUGGAUCAUUUCUCCUAUUGUAAUAGGGAUUUGCAGGACUCUGCCCAAAGUUCGAGCCCCAGACUUAGCCAACAUGCAAAGGACUCAUGUUCCAUAAUGUCCCAGUGGCCCAAUCAGACCCUUGAUGACCAAAAGCCACCACAUGUGCUUUCUUCUAUUGCUGAGGAAGAAUACCACCUUGAAAAACAAAGGAGUGACCUUCAACACAGCUUUGACAGCCAGCUCUCUGGUAUUUUAGAAAAUGUUAAUGGAAAAAAGCAAGUUAACAGCUUUGGAGAUGAUGAAGAGCCAUGCACAUCUUCUGACAGUGACGAAGAGGUGAUCAAACAAUUUGAGAUUUCUGUGUCCCGGUCCCAGAGUUUCCAUUCAGAAGCAUCUGAAAAAGGAAAGCAGGUGGGAUUGGAACAAAAAUCAAAAUUCAGCCACCUGCUCCCUACCCAUGAGGAGGAUAACACAGAAGUGUCUGCCUGCGAAGAUUUGGAUGGAGCCAGCCAGCUGAGUUAUUCUGAGAAUCUGUCCUACGGUGAAGAUGACCCUGUUUCUGCCCAUUCACAGUCCCCAUGUGAGGUGGGGAACACCAGGCACCAUGGCACAGCUCCCCAAGAGACCAGCGUGCCUCGCAGCCUCAGUCACCAGUCCACAGAAGGCAGCUUGGAAUUGGAGACAGGCUUUAAUAACCAGGGAUUUGAAGAGUCCUAUGCUGCUGAUAGCUCUUCCAUGUGGAGUCCAGAGGUACAGGAUGGGGCCAAUUUCCAGGUGCCAGCCGGGGUCUUGGAGCCCAUCUCAAAAUGUGGUGACCUGGAUGUCAUCUUUGAAUAUAGAGCCUCCAGCCAGAAGCUCACAGUGACCAUUGUGAGAGCACAGGGCCUCCCAGAUAAGGACCGAAGUGGUGUCAACUCCUGGCAAGUUCACGUAGUGCUGCUGCCCAGUAAGAAACAGAGGGGCAAGACAAGCAUACAGAGAGGCCCCAACCCUGUCUUCACGGAGAAGGUCACCUUCACCAAGCUGGAGCCCAGACAUGUGGCUGCCUGUGCUGCCCGCUUCCGUCUGUAUGCUGCCCGCAAGAUGACCCGUGAGAGAAUGAUGGGAGAGAAGCUAUUCCAUCUCAGCCUCCUGCACCCAGAAGGGGAAAUGAAAGUGACUCUGGUUCUGGAGCCAAGAAGUAAUAUCAGUAGUGGAGAGUCUCCGCUCAGCCCAUCUGCAGUUUCUCACAGUGAUAGUGCUUCAUCCACGCAGUCGCUGUCUCAUGGAGGAGCGCCAGAGCUGUUGGUGGGGCUGUCCUACAAUGCCACAACGGGGCGAUUAUCCGUGGAAAUGAUCAAAGGCAGCCAUUUCCGAAACCUCGCUGUUAAUAGAGCGCCUGAUACAUACGGAAAGCUCUUUCUUCUCAAUUCUGUGGGUCAUGAGAUGUCCCGCUGUAAGACGUCCAUUCGACGUGGUCAGCCCAAUCCAGUCUACAAGGAGACCUUUGCUUUCCAGGUGGCCCUCUUUCAGCUCUCUGAUGUCACACUGAUGAUUUCCGUUUAUAACAGGCGUACUAUGAAGCGUAAAGAGAUGAUUGGUUGGAUUGCUCUGGGCCAAAACAGUAGCGGAGAAGAGGAACAAGACCAUUGGGAGGAAAUGAAGGAAACCAAAGGCCAGCAAAUCUGCAGAUGGCACACCUUGCUCGAAUCCUAGUUUUGCCAGCAGGCAUUCGCAUGUGACAUCUGCCCUGGCCACCAGUGUUUUGGCCACUGAUACCAACUCAGCACAUGCUGAUCAUUGAGUCUGGGUUCAACCUGAGGAAUGAAGUGUCUCUUGCUGUCUCUGUUUGCUUGAAGAGUAACCUGAGAUCUCAAGGGAGCUGUUAAAUUUCACUAUUUGUAACCAGGUCAUGGGAGUUUCAUCUGUAACACUGCUCAGUUAUUGGGAAGAAGUAAUAAAACCAUGCUCCUUUGGGUUUUUACCCUACCUUUCUUUGGAAGACCUCAAAGUGCUUUUCCAACAUUAUAUCCAUUAACUGCUGAGUGGUCUUUGCAGUGUGGCUGUGUCAUCGAGUAGAACUGAGUGCAAUUGAUUAAGUAGUGGCACAGAGAAUUGGCUUUUCACAUCCCUCACUCUCUUUACGCGCUUGUGUUUAAAGGGAAGUAAAGCAGCCUUGUUAUGCUUUCCUUUAUGCAGUAACAUAAAAGCAGCAUUCACUUUAAAAUUUACAUUUGAAAAAAACCUGCAUAUAUUGUACUGACCGUCCUGGAUUUUCCCCCCUUAUAUAUUCCUGCUCUAUGUUUUGCUCUAUCCCUUGUCUUAUAAUGCCAAAUCAUCACCUAUGCUUCGUUUUCUGCUGCCUUGACCUACCCAUUUUUAGGGUUUUCUGCUGGUACGGUGAAGCUAUCCUUGUGGGUUUGAUCUCUUUUCCAAUAGUCUGCCUAUGAGGCUGUUACAGGAAUGUGCAGCGUUUUAAGGAACAAGAUGCCUGAAAAGCAUUUUUAAAUUUUUGCAAUUUUACUAUGUUGAUGCUAUUCACCAUGUAGGAUGCAUGUACAUCUUGAAUAUACAGCAAUCUAAAGCUGACUGUAUAAAUAUAAAAUGCUAAUGACAAGAUACAUUAAAAUAUGAGGGUGGAUUUUUUUUUACAUUGAUUUGAAAUUCUGGUUUAGUAAGAUCUUUUGAUUUUGUACAUUUCAACUCCCUUAUUUGCCUGGCAAAGUCUAGACACAAUGCACUAGCAUGUUUUUCUUUUCACUAGAGCUCUUACAUCUACAUUUGCUUUUUAACAGUUAUGAAAGAUAAUUAGUUGGUUCCGUGGUGGAAAAAGCUCCUUUUGCCUAUUUCAUCUAGCUAAUAAUUAACAUCUCACAGAGACAUUUGAAACUGAAGAAGCACCAGUAUUUGUUGCAUGAGUAGUUCCUUCCGUGAUUUUUCCUGAAAACAGUGCUUUUGAAAUAAUACUACAGAGGGUAAAUGAUGCACUGGGUUUAUGGAAAUCUGCUUUAUAGUGUGUCUUCUUUCAGGGCAUUAAUUUACACUGAAUUGAGAAGUGCUGGUUUCACCAAUCACGGGGGUGGCUCUUGUGCUCCCUGCUCCCCUCUGACUAUUGUUGAAUUUGUAAAUGGGCCAUUCACCAGGCAGUCAGGCAUCUGCUCUUGCUUCUCUCUCCUUCACUGGCUCCCUGUGUGAUGCACAGCUGUUUGGGACCCUGUUUUUGCUGAUGUAGCGUAGCUGGGAGGGAGGUCUUGCCUUCCUUAACAGUAGAAGAACUUGUACCGCUGUCAGAUGGAUUACGCUUGGCAUCCACCUGUACAAAGUUCGAGAAAGAAUCCUGUGACUGCAAGGGGCGUCAAGAGAGUAUGCUACUGCACUGUCGUUCACUUUCGGCACUGGGCCCUCUGCUUCUUCUUCAGUGACGGUAUGGACUGAGCUUGAACACUGAUGUUCUCUGUAGCGUGAGGAGCUGCAGUGAGAACCUAGCCUCUGUCUUUGCAGCAUAGGAACUUCCGCGAGAUUUUACAAAUUGUUGUCACCUCUCUGUCAGUCUCAGUGCUUUACAUCGUGGUUGUACCAGAUGUUCUUAUCUGAGAACCAAAAUGCUUUUCCUUUCAAGUAAUGCAUUGUUUAGGUUGAAACUACCACCAGGUUAGGCGAAAGUGCUCCUCCAGUAGCCACUGAGUUUAUGAAACUGAUGGUUCAGCAUUGAACUGUGGGGCUCCCAAAAGCCCGGCUAUCCUGUUGCAGCAAAGAACUCAGUAUGUUAGGAUCAGAAAAGUGAUAGAAGAAGAUUAUUUGUAGAUGACAUAAAACCAAAUGGAGAUGCAUGCUUUAACAAUAAACAGGGCCAGAAAACUCGUGCAGUGUCCCCUCUUUAAGGGAACCGGGACCAGAGCACAUUCUAUUCUAUUUGAUCUACAACAAACAAAAAUGAUAGAUAAUCCUGAAAUGCAAAAGUAUUUUGUUUUUAAAAAAAUCAUUCAUUUGUUCCAAAAAGGAAAGCUAGGCAAAACUAUCAAAAACAAAUCAUAUAGCUUAUAUACAGAAGAAUUAAAGAAUAAAUAAAUAUUGCUAGAUAACUUCAGCCUCUGCUAGCAUAUAUUCAAGAAGAGUAAAAUAAUAAACCAAAAGACAUUUCAGGUUAACUAACUAUUAUUUUUUCACAACUUGUGGAAUUCCAGCAAAUCCUUAAUGAUGAGGGAAGUGAGACCCAUCUAGUUGGAUGAAGUUGGCAAAGGCUACAGUCCUCCCCUGGCUUUGUAUGGAACUCCGUUAGCCGUGUGGCCUUAAGAAGAUUCCUUACCCAGUCCGUGUCCCUGAUUCUUCAACAAAAUGGAAGUUAUACCUACUUCAUCAGGUUUUUUAAAAGACGAUAACAGCAUUGAGCCUGGCAUAUAAUAAGCAUUCAAUUUCCCCCCACCCCCAACCAUACUUAAUCAAGAAUACAGCCUUUAAGAUUUGUUUCUCUGUCUAGUAGAAGUAAUAGUAACAUUAGAGAAAGGCUAUAAACAAUUCUCAGAUACUUUAAAAAGGGUAGACUCCUAAAGCUGGUCUAAAUUUGUAAAGAAAAAGAAGUCUUACAGGGUAAAGUAAAAAGAGAUAAGCCUGGCAUAUUGAGUCUUAAUAAGUCCCAAAUGAGGUACAAUAACCAAAUCUUUGUCUUUCAUCCCCUUAGUUUGGAGGGGAUACAAAACCUUGGUGCUUGUGUGCACAUCUUGCUAAAUCAGACACAAGACUCCAUUCAACCUCAGCUUUUCUCUACAGUUCAGACCUGGACAAAGCACCAUAUACCCAUCCAAAGAGUUGGUAAGGUGACAGCUUGAGUACCUAUUUCAACUUUGGUAUGAAAAAGGAAAAAAAUGGUGUGGCAAUUUGCUGAUACUCAUUUAAAAAUGGACAAUUUUUUAGCCUAUGCUAUACAUCCAUAUUAUAUCUUCAUAGGCAAAUUUUUAAAACUGACCUAAGGCAGCUAUCAAAACUCAUCUAACUGUUUAACUGUAAAGUUCUUUUCAGGACCAAUUAUUUAUCACUGCUUCCCUUAGGAGAUCCCAAUGAAAGGAAUUCUUUUAGAGUUCAUACUCUCUUUUUUGAAAAGGGUUUUAAAGAGUGACUUGAUGUAAUAGAAUGCAUGUUGAGUUGCUCUCAACUGUUCAGACCAUGAGUAAAAAGGAGAGUUUCCUGAAAAUUUAGAAGAACUUUUGUGGACAUUUGAUCUGCAGAAGUGUCAGGAAUAAACCACCUCAAGUUCAGGGUAACCAAGUGCCAAGAACCAGUCAUGCGCUACUUGCUGUUUUAAACCAAACAUGAUUCUGGGACGGGGAAGUAUGAGCCUACAUUCCCAAUAUUGCUAGAUCGCCACAGUGCUCACUCAGGUUCUAGGAUUUCUGAUUAAGGAGAAAUGGGGAAACUUGAGAAGAAUCACUUAGCUUAGGGGGUUUUUUGGGGAAUAAUUCAGCAUGUAGGGAAGUUACAGGGGACAGAUGGGAGUUCAAAGGCUGUAGAGUGAUUUCUAGGAAUAGUUAUCCAGAAUGUGAAGAGCUCUUAGGGGACAAUGUGUUCCUUCUCUUCUUGGUCACAUGGACAGAGAGCUUCCAUCUAAAUCAAGUCACAAGAGUUUAACUUAGACAUGAGAAGGAUAUGAUGGUUGUUUUGCAUUAAUUCAAGAUGUGUUCAUUGGAUUUUUUUGGGUGUGGCACCAGGCUAUUUGGGAUAGUAUAGGACUUAAAAUCUUUUUUUUUUUUUCCAACUUUUUGGAGUGGUGUGAUUACACAUUGAAGCAAUUGAAGCACUUAGUCAUCAUGAUAAAAACAAUGUUUAUCAACAGUUGUUCAGUUGAUCCAAUCAUGUGCCAUAAAAAACAGAGUUCCUUGUUAUGGGUUAUUGUUGGAAGGAGGUGAGAUGCAUUGACUGAACGUAUUGGAGAAGAGUGUCUAAGAAGCCAGGAUCUGGAGUAGGCCUUAGUCACAUUGGAGGGGGAAUCAUCCAGGGAGAGCACAGAAUCAUCUUUGGAAGGCUUUUAAGAUAGAAACCUCUGUGUGGAGUGUGGGUUCUGUCUAAAGGAGAACAGGAGGGCAGCCAGGAAGAUAGCCUGUUUAAAGUUCCUUCUAAGUCUAAUAUUUUGUAUGUAACCUCCAAAUAGAAUCAACAAUAACACUCUAGCCCUGUUGUCUUCCCCUUUGGACAUUGUUUCCACACUGAUUUUUCUCUGCAUCAUAGAAGGUCUUCUCUGGGGAGUUGCUGUUUGGGCUUUGUUUAGGUGACUUUGGAGAUGCCUGUGGGCUCUGGGUGAGUUUCCUCUCCUACUGUGUUUUUGUUUCCCCUGGGUCUCAAAGCAGUAUCCUAGACACAGACAAUAAUCCACUGUAUUUAUAGCCACUGUUGAACCUGUAAAACAGCUUGAGGCUUUCUAGAACAAAGUCAGAGGCAGUCAUGGAGGCCUGUGGACAUUCCUAGAAUAAACCACCCCUGAAUGUUGCUACUUCUCUCCCUUGCUUACUGAUGCUGCCUUAAGCUGUCUCCAUGGGAGUUUUUACUUCACGCCUUUGAGCAACAAUGCUACCUACCAACUCUACCAGACUUUGAGGAUGGUGAGAAGGCUGCCUGCCCAUUGGUACUGCCAUAUUUAUGCAUUAUUUUUGUGUACUUCAUUUUCCCCUCAAAGUAUCUACUUACUGUUUUUUUUUUUUAAUACAAAAUUUAUUCAUUCAAAAGAUACUGAGUAUAUUUAUCCCAGGCUCUGGACUAGGGGCUGGAGAAUGGUUUGAGUUCAAUUGCUUUUAUUUCUAAAUACUCCAUUUUUUAAAAGCUAGGUAAAUAAUAAGAUCUUUUAUGGCCUUCAAUUUCUGUCAAAUGUAUUUCUGUAGUGACUUCUUUAUUCCCUGUUGAAAAGGAGAAGAUUUAAGGAAAGUGGAGGUCAUUACUCUGCCUCUGGUUAAGAAAUAAACAUCCUGUUUAUCAGGCUAUGCUUCCCUUCAAAAUAAAUGGAUGUGUUUUACAUCUGAGGGAAGAACGGCAGCAUUCCAUUCCAGUAAUGAAAUGAGUUAUAGCUUGAAAUGGAAGUUGGAUAUUUAGUAUUUUUCACUUUUAUAAUUGAACAUUGAAUACCUUUUAUAAAGCAGUAAGCAGGUCAGAGCCUGGAAUGGUGGGUCUGUGCAAACAAAUGUGACACAGUUCUUAGAAGCUCCAUGUUUUAAUAGCUGGAAAGGCUUUGCUACCUUUUACUUUUUGAAAGAGUGAACUGGAAACAGUAGCUGCCAGAUAAAGGGGUAAGGGUAUGAAACAAAGAUCCCUCCUUACCGAUCUGGUUCUUUUGAUUAACAUUUGUCCUCAUAUUAUACACUAAACACAUCUGGGACAUCCCUAUAAAAUGGUUAAAGGUCAACAUUGGAAGUGUCCCUUCCUUGGCAGAUGAACCAGUCUCAAACAGUCUCUUACUUUCAAUUUUAUAACAGGAGACAAAGUAGGAGUUUUUCCAGUAGAUUUAUUGCUUAUAAUUUUUACCAUCAUAGAAACUUGCCUUAAAUAUCACCUAUAUAUGUCUCAAUCCAUGAUUCCAGGUCAGAAUCUUUGAUGACCUAAAAAUUCUUACUGAAGAAAGUCUUUUAAUGUUGCCCCGUUGAUGGUCCAUAAUAAAAAAGUUUACAUCUCUUAUUUGAUGAAGACCUUGAUUUUGGGGAAAAGAUAUUAAAAGGCUGCCACUAAAAACUCUGAUUGGUGAGGAGUACGUACACUAAAAGACUGUAUUUCCGUGGAAGCUAUUCUGUAUACUAUGUUCACAUUCUGGGGCCACACCUCUCUCUUAAGAGUUUGUCAAGUUCUUUAUAGUUGGCACCUUAAGCAAAGCUUACUAAUUUUGCCAUUUCCCCAUGGGCCAUGAUAAUCUUUAUUAAUUCACAACUACACCAAAUUAUAUUGUGGUCUUUUAUUAUGCCACCAUACUAAUGCAGGUGUAACUUAAAGUUUAUUAUUAUGAAAUACAAAAUGUUUUCCAGAAUUUAAAAUUUUAAUUUUAUUACAGAUUCUAUUAAGUUUGUGAAUAAGAAGUUAGUAUUUGUAUACUUGAGUGUGACCAAGACAUAUCUAUAAUAAUAUUUUGAAAUAAGAUCUGACCUCUAUUUCCAUGGAAAAAGGCAUAAUGGUCUUUGUGAUCUACUUGCUUUUUUAAAAAAUUAAUAAACUUUUUUUUGAGCAAUUUUAGGUUUAUAGCAAAUUUGAGUGGAAACUACAGAGUUCCUGUGCACACCCUGCCCCAUCCUUGCCCAGUCUCCCCCGCUAUGGGCAUACCCCACAAGAGUGGGUACGUUUGUUACUGUGAUGAGCCUACACUGUCACAUCAUUACCACCCAAAUUCCAUAUUUUACAUUAGGGUUCACUCCUGGUGUUCCACUACCUUAAAAUUUUUCUGUGCUCUGCCUAUUCAUCCCACCUCCCUAACCCUUGGCAACCAGUGAUCAUUUUACUGUCUCCAUAGCUUUGCUUUUUCCAGAAUGUCAUAUUGUUGGAAUCAUACAAUAUGUAGUCUUUUUAGAUUGGCUGCUUUCAUGUAGUAAUAUGCAUUUAAGUUUUCUUCCUGUCUUUUCACAGCUUCAUAGUUCAUUUCUUUUUAGCGCUGAAUAAUAAUAUCCCAUUGUCUGGAGGUACUGGUCUGUUCAUUAUUUACUUUUAUUUUUAGUUCUGAUUGCUAUUGUACAUUUUGUUAAAUGUGCAUGUUCUCAAGAAAACUGGAUGGAUUAAUCCAUAUGAUGCAUCAACUGACAUGUAGCAAUUUCUAAUCUGGCAUGAAUUUCACCUAUGUGGUAUUGGGCUUGUUUCACCUUUGAGGAGAAGAUUCAUGGAAAACAUUAUGUAAUUUCACAGUUGGAAUCUAAGCAGAGAAAUUUCUGAAGGCAAUGAGGAUACGAUCCCCAAAUUUAGCGACUCUGUGGUGUUCUCUGUUGUUGAGCACUGAUUUAAAUAUACAUUGAUAAAAAGUGCUAAUUACAUUAUUACUGAUUCAUGACAGAAAACCACCUUCUGUUACUAGUGUAUAUAACUUUACAUUUGCCACUGCUGCCAAGAGAAAGGAAGCUUCGUGAUUGUACCCUGUCAUAGUCAAUUGUGUAAAUUAGCUGCAAGUGGUACGUAAGCAUCUGGAUCACACAGGAGCUCUGCAUUAUGGAUAGAAGGAUGACCCAUGAAAAUGCAUAGGCUGAAUGGACAAGUGGUGAAUAUUGGAAUGAUAACACUGAUAAUCACACUGGGUGAAUGGGAAGACCUGACAAUCAAUAUCUAGGAAACAUUCUGACAUUUUCAUGUGCACUGACUGCCCUUUGCUUUGUAGCUGCAACAACCUGUGGAACCAGGCAUUGUUGCGGAGAUGAAAGUGUGGUUGCAGAAAGAAUAUUGGAUUAGAUUAAAAUUAAUGAGGCCUAUGUUCUAUACCAAGUCUUCCCUUAAUGAGCUCUAAAAUGAAUGUCAAGUCACAAGUUCUCUAAGCCUUCAAUUUUGCAUCUGUCAGCCAGGAAUAGUAAUACUCUUUUUACUUGUUUUCACCAUGUUGUGAUAAGAAUGAGAUUCAUUCAUUCCUUCAUUAAUAUCACAAACACUCAGAGUCCCCACUACAGACGAGGGCCACGGACAUGGUCAGGUAAUAGGUGGAAAUACACUUUGCAGAAUUGAGAGUUUUUGAAGGCUGUGAGAUAUUUUCUUAUUUUUUAUUUUAAGGUUAACUCAAUUCUUUUUUUAUGUUAAUAUAUCAAAGUAAUUGACACUUCUAGAUCUCUGCCAAUCAUCGAGCUAUAUUCAUAGAGUGUCAGUUAUUUGACUAAAAGUUACAGUCGGAAUGGUCUUUAGCCAUUCUGCCUGUGAGAAGCUAGAAAUAAAGUAUUAGGCUUGAAUUCUUUUGUUCAGACACGCUGACCACAGAACAAAUUGCAAAUCCAUCUUUUCAGCAGGCUUGCCAAUCUUUGAGUUGAACACAGACCUUUCUUCUUUAGAACAAUUUAACUUUGAGUACAGGGAAAGUAUUAAGUUGGAUAGCAUUUUUUUUUCACAAAACGGAAUUUUGAAUACAGUAUUUGGAAAGAUGCUUCCCCCACCAAAAAAGGUCCUUCAAUCUACGUUAUUAUAUUUCUCUUGGAGAAUGAGACUUCUCCAGCUUUCCCCUCCCAAGUGACUUACUUUCCUCACCCACAUAAUCAUUUUCCUCCUAAAUACCAUUUAUCAUCUCCCAGGGAAAAAAAAGGAUUAAAAAAAAACAUUUUCAAGGUACAUCCAAGAUUUCAUAGCAAUAUUUGGUGUUCACAGUGCAAGAUAAAUCUGACUCUCAAUGUUUUUUUUUUUGGUCUUCAUAUGGCAUCUGAAACAGUUGUUCACAUUCACACAUUUAUGUUUCACCAUAUGCAUACUGUGUGCAACUCUGUUGUUUUAAAAUAUUUUAUUGGUUUUCCUUUAAAUCUCAACUUUUGAUGGGUGUCCUUGAAGAACUUGCAUGCAAAAAAAAGUAAAUGUGAAUGAUUCAUUCAUUUUGAACAUAUGUAACUAUUUUGGGAAGAUUUUACCCUACAUAGAGCACACUGUUCUCAGCAGGGAGUGUACUUUGUAUUUCUGUUCAACUCACAGCUGGAUGCCGGAGAUGUAUUAAUAUUGUUAGCCUGUACCUUUUCUAUCUCGUGUUUACUUCAAUGAGUUAUAUGGAAUUGAGGGUCCUGAAUUUUUGGUGGUUGUGAAUGGCGGUCAAGACUUUUAUGGAUUUCACUUGUGGGGACAAUUUAGCAUAACGUGGCUUAAAAUCUGGUCUUCCUUUAGAUUUCGAAGUCACAAGAAGGCUUCCAUGGGCAAACUCAUUGUUCCAGGGCAGACUUGUUAGUGUAAGGUAGGAGCUGCCCCAAACCUGUCCCAUCACUUCAUGGGCAUUUCUAGAUCUGGCUGCUGUCAGGUUUUCUCCUCCAGAGUUUUCCAGCAGAGAAGCAAUUCCUGGGUGGUCCCGAAGUUCAAGAGAGAAACAAAAAGUAUUUUCUCCUCCAAAGGGUUCAACUCUCACGUGAGAAACUCCUGAAAUCUUCAGAACAUUCCAUGUAGGUGUCCCUGUGUUCCUCACAGUGUGACUUACUGACUUACGGUGUCUUCUAUUUACGCAGCAUGAAUGUAUCUCCAGCCGUUACCAAAACAAACAGCCAUAGAAUGUAAUCAUCCACCCAUUUCUAAAAUUACUUCUAUUGAUGAAUAACUAGUGUAUAGGAAGAGGUUUGGAAAUUUUUUAAAUUGUUAACCUUAAAAACUAGAAUACCUUUCUACCUUUUAUAAUGUUCAAGAUUUCAUAACAGUGGUUUUAAUGUAUGACCGCUGUACUGUUAUAUCUUGUGUUCGAACUGGGCAAACCAGGGAAAUUUUUAAUGUCCAUACUCUCGGGAUAGAAACACCCUUGAAAAUAUGUUGAAAAUACAAAAUUGUUUACCUGUGCUAGAGAAUAGGUUUGUGAUUAGAAGAAUUACUGUUUCUCUUGUACAAAUAAUGCUUCAAGCAGAUGUUCUGUCUUAACAGUGAUGUUGGAAGCAUAUUUUAUGCAGCCUAAAAACUAUUUCUGUAUUAGAUAUUUAAAUGCAUGAGGAUACAUUCAAAUUGCUUUUUGUUUAAAGCAGAAACAUAGAAGUAUUAGCCCCAGUUUGUACAAAAUGUCUGCUGCAACUGAACUCACGAUAGUUCAAAACUGAAAAUCAUUCUAAUUUUGUAAAACUGCUGCUACUGGUUUUAUCAAUAAAGUUUAAGCA